GCCACACGGUUCGUAUUGUGUCUGCGUGUGAGGUGAAGGUACGUCCCUGAGGAGAGAACCGCCGAACUAACAAAUACUCCAACCUCCAAUUGAGUGACUGUUUACCCGCGGACUCUGAAAACAAGCAGGAACAUGGAGGUCAGCGCCGAGGCCAAGAGGAUCAUGGUGGUGGCUCUGGGGAAACUGUACAGCUCCCGGAGUCAGCGAGGAGGUCUGCGCCUGCACCACAGUCUACUGCUCACUCUAGUGAUGAAAUCCGCCCGGGAUAUUUACCACGAGGCCCAGACGACGACAAGAGAAACUGUGGCACCAGAGUGUGAACAACAACAACAACAACAGAUUGAGUUGACCACAGAGACCAGUCAAAUGGAGCCCCAGGGUCACGGAAAGCCUCAUACUGUACCACGGGAGGACGAGGUGGUCGUGGGUCUAUCCACAAAGAGAAACAAGGAGAACCAGUGUCCCAAUCGCCAGUCUCCACAGUCCAGGAAAAGACGAGGCAAAGCGGCCGCUGAACCGGAUUUCUUGCCCUGUAAGAAAGCUAAACUGGAGCAGGGAAACUGCCACCAGCAGCUGAGCGUCACUCCAGUCUUGGUGGACUACGUGAACUGCGGCGGCGGAAUGGGAGCACGUCCUUCCCCCAUGUCUCUACACAGAGCCGUAGCAGCGUGUUGUUGAGACUCAAAACACUUGCGUAGCAACAAAACUACGGGGCAAUAAACUUUCUGACACGGCCAGUAGAGCCUGACCUUGAGGCAACUGGAGGAACCAACCGCCCGGGGACACGGGGUCCUGAAGAGUCCCAGAGGACGGAAUCACGGAAGUGGACGGGAGGACGCGCCGGUGACUUUAGGCCGGGAAAAGAGGUGCUGCAGCGGUGAACGAGGACUGAGCUGAGCCGGACCGUGCUGAACGACAAUAGUAGUCGAUUCACUCGAACCAGACUUUAAUGAACAUUAGUUCUAAAACUGUGAAUGUUUCUUUGUGCGAGUGUGUAAAUGCUGACUGAAGAUGUGCUCGUGCAUUCAAGUGUAACGCACCAAGACCAUAACUACCUCAGUAUUUAUUAAACCUUUUGUACUUCAGUAAA